AUGACUGGCCCGGUAUUGCGAACUUUGCCGACUUCCAGUCGAGCACAACCUUCCGACCUGUUCGCAGGGGUGCAUUACUUCCUCAACAAUGAUCUUGACGAAUCUACACAGCAAGAGAUCCGUUCAUUGCUCUCCUCGGGGGGUGCUCAGGAACACAAUCAGCAGUCUGUGCCAAGCAGCAGCCGGUCAGAGAUGGGCCGCACGCGCUUCCGGCUCGACAGGACCACACACGUCAUUGCUCUCAGCGUCGACUUUCCCGAAUAUCAGCACUGCCUAGAGCCUACGCUGCUGGAGCAAAGUUCGGCGUCAAAAGGACCUCUUGUCGUCACGCCACAAUGGGUACGUCGAAGUGCUCAGCUUGGCAUCCGACUCAAGGAAGAUCGGUUCUCCUGCCGAAGCGACAUGAUCUUCUCCGGCCUUUGCGUCACAGCCUCCAAGUCGGAACUCUCGAAAGCGGAUCGAGAGCUGAUUAGCAGCAUCGUCGCCGCCUACGGUGGGCUGUGGCGAGAAGAUCACUUUUCCGACGUCAACGUUUUUCUUACCACCUCUAUCUCGAGCAAUAAGCUCAACAAGAUUGUCAACGCCCCAGGCAAACAGACCAUCUGCGCGGCACCGCAGUGGAUCAGCGAUUCAUGGCGUUUGCAAAAGCUGCUGCCACUCGACUCGUAUCAGUUCCUUCCCGGACAGGCCACGCUGCCACCUUGCUUUGCCGGCCGCACCGCUAGUGGAUCGCCUCUCAGCUCGCCGAGGAAGGACCGCGUAGCCAUCAGUUUGGUCGGCGACACGCAUCGCUCCAUCUUUGACGUCACCGACAAGUCGGAGAACAGUGCAGGCCGAGAAAAAAGCGUCUUCCGCGGCAGGAGUGUGCUGUUGGCUCGAGAUGUCUGCCGAGCUAGCGAGCAGCAGCUGCGAUCGUUGGAGCACUUUAUCCGACUCUCGGGAGGCACGUUGCGUCGCGCGCCCAAGGACUUGAACGGCAUCGCGCAGGCAGUGCGCAACUCGGACUUUGUCGUGUGCCGAUACAGAGAGGUGCAGGAGUUCCGCGAAGCCAUCCGGCAGUCGAAGCAGGUCGGCAACCUCACCUGGCUCAUCUGGGUUGUCUCCAACGACGUCCUGAGCGACCCGAGAGAAGAGCCUCUGCACUUCCCCGUGCCUCGACAAGGCAUUGACGAGUUCAAGAAUGCCUCGAUCACCAUCUCGGGCUACCGCGGCACCACGCGUCAGUACCUCACCAAGAUGAUCAAGCUCAUGGGCGCCUCGUUUUCGGGCGCGCUCAGUGCCAGGACCAGCAUCUGCGUGGCAGCCAACCUGGACAGCGAAAAGACGCAAAAGGCCAAAGAGUGGAGAGUGCCCAUUGUCAACCACAAGUACAUCGUCGACUCGUUCCUCGCCUGGGCACCUGUGGAGCGGGCCAAGCUGAAGUACAUUGAUUUCCCCGAAGGCAUCGACUACAAUGUUGAUGUAGGCGACACCAGGGUCACAGACGAGAGCCUCGGUCCCUGGAUCGACGGUGCGAUCAACCACGAUGAACCGGAGGAUAUGCCGACCAGCGACCCUGCUAUGCCCAUUGCGCCCUAUGCGGCCGUCGAAACAUCUGCUUCCGUGCCUGCUCACCGUGCGACGCCUGCAACGCCACCGGCCGAGGUCACAAGGCAGCCUCAAGCCUCGAGUGACGUCAACGAGCCUGCAGCAGCCCACGAAGACUCGACAGAUUUUCCGACCUCGCCGCCACCAGCUACACCAUCGCUGCAGCGCGACGGAGAACCAACGCACGAUGACGCGUUCACGACCAUGGAUACUUCCUCCGAAAUGCCCAGCUCGCCCGGCCGCUCCGAGCUCGCCAUCGAAAACAUGGCACCGAGCCCGACCAAGAGCCUCCUGUCGCAAAGAGGUACCAAACGCAACCGAAUGUCGAUCCUGCAGGAUAGUGUGGUGCAACCUACGGUGGAUCACCUGGAGGCCAGAGCGGUCGAGGACGAACUCGCAGAGCACAAGAGUGCCGUCGCGGCCAAGAAGCCGAGGAGGUCAACAUCGCCGCGCACAGAUAAGCGGCAAUCCUCUGCUGCAUUCGAUGACGACGACGAGGAUGCAAUGGACGCGCGCAGUGACGCCCCUCUGCGUGUCGCCACGAGCAACUACAAGCUGAAGAAGAACGACGAGGCCAAGCUGAAAGCGGUUGGCAUCGAGAUUGUCGACGAUAUCGAGAUUGCCGACGUGUUGGUCACGCCCAAGGUCUCGCGCUCGCCCAAGAUGCUCUACGCCAUCGCAUCGGGCAGCGUUGUCAUUGUCUCGCCAGAAUGGCUGCAGGCCUGUCUCAAGAGACGCGAGUGUCUCGCUUUGGAGACAGAGGCAGACGCGUCGCCGUACAGUCUGAUCGACCGUGAGGGUGAAAAGACGUACGGCAUCGUGCUCGCCGACGUGAUGCAGCGUCGCAAGGCUCAGUUCACGCAAGGCAUCUACCACGGACACAAGUUCUGGCUGGGCCGAGGUGUGGACGAGAACGGAUCGUUUUCGACGCUCAUCCAAGCAGCGGGGGGCCAAGUACUUGCGGUGCCGUUCGACGAGGACAAGCUGCUCACGGAGCCGGGCCAGCACCAUCUCAUCGUCGACGAGGAGCACACGAUCGAAUGGCGGCAUCUUAUCGGUGCGACCACUACAGUCGACAGCGAGCCGCUCAAGUUUUUCAAGAAGCAGCUGGUUACCGACUGCAUCUUUGAGCAGCAGCCGAGGUGGGAUCGCCAUCUGGUGGAUACGAGUCGGCUGCUGGCCGGCAGUUCGGGUACGACGCCGGUGAAGCGCGGUCGCGGCGGUGGAGCGAAGCGUCGAUGA